UUCCAUUUUAGGCCUUUUGAGAAUUGUUAUUAAGGAAUUUGACUGUCAAACGCUGCUGCGUAUUCACAGCAUGGUGCGCUCAUCAAAACAAACCCAUCCAGAGCGCUUCAUUGUGGAUUCCUAGUCCUGAAGCAGGAACCCCAAAUAAGAAAUGCUAAUUUGUUUUAGGCCAUUAUCAGGUGCUUUUAAAUAUCCGCCAGGCAGGAACCAGUGUCUGCCCGUGAGGCGUUUCCAUCCUAAAAUCCUCACCCUCGCUGGCUGAAGAGAAUAGUUUUUAUAGAAACGGAGACAAACAACAGCAAGUAUUUUCCCCGAGGACAAUUUUAGCUACGGUUUGCCAAGGCUGCUGAGUUAUUUCCGUCUUAUUUUAUGCUUUUGUUUGGAAACAUCACGCGUUUUCACCUGGACGCGCUCCCGGGUGCCCAGGAACGGCUCAGCGGGUCGGUUUGCUCUGCCAAACGCAAGACCUGGGCAGAAUCGGGAGGCGCCAGCGCCUCGCCCUUCCCCCUCCCUGCACCUCCAACGGGGAGAAAAGGGUUAAGGAUUACCGGAGAACAGAGCGGGGCGGAGGGAGCCCCGAGGAGGCCCACGAGGAGCAGGAGACCCCGCCUCGGGGUCCAGCUUUCAUCACCGCAGCGCACCGCUGAGCUUGGAGCGGCUCUGUAUCUGGUGGAGGAUGCGGCUGCCCAUUUCUGGGACCUGCUGCGAGGAGUGGGCGUGGCCUCGCAGUGAGGAUGCUUGUUAGGGAAGAUGCUGGGUGCCUGUCGGUGAGGAGUGGGGCUGUGUGUGUGUGAUAGAGUGGAGGAGGGAGAGGGAGAGAGAGGAGAAGAGGGAGAGGGAGAGAGGGAACGAGAGAGAGAGAGAGAGAGAGAGAAAGGGAGGGAGGGAGAGAGAGAGAGAGCAAGACCAGGAGACCAGGGGAGGAGGGAAGGAGGGAAGAGGGAGGGAGGGAGACUGAGAGAGACUCAGGUACUGAAGACCCAGGCGGAGCUGGGAGAGGGACUGGAGCAGGACUGGAGCCGGAGCAGAGCCACGCAAGAUCUUCUGCGGGAGCCCAGCAGAUGUGAACAUGGGGUCUGUCCUCGGAGCCCUCCUCCAAGCACUACUUCUGUUAUCUACUCAAAAUUGGAGCAGCAUCGAAGCUGGAGAUUCCUAUGCCUGCGAUGACCCGCUCGUGGCUGCCCUGCCCCAGGCCGCAUUCAGCAGCUCCUCCGAGCUCUCCAGCAGCCACGGCCCUGGAUUUGCAAGGCUGAAUCGAAGAGAUGGAGCCGGUGGCUGGUCUCCACUUGUGUCGAACAAAUACCAGUGGUUGCAGAUUGACCUUGGAGAGAGAAUGGAGAUCACCUCUGUGGCUACCCAAGGGGGUUACGGGAGCUCCAACUGGGUGACCAGUUACCUCCUGAUGUUCAGUGACAGUGGCAGGAACUGGAAACAGUAUCGGCAGGAGGACAGCAUCUGGGGCUUUUCAGGAAAUGCAAAUGCGGACAGUGUGGUGUAUGCCAGGCUCCAGCCUUCUAUCAAAGCCAGAGUUCUGCGCUUCAUCCCUGUAGAAUGGAACCCCAAGGGCAGAAUUGGAAUGCGAAUCGAGGUGUUCGGAUGUGCAUAUAGAUCAGAGGUGGUUGAUCUGGAUGGGAAAAGUUCCCUUCUCUACCGAUUUGAUCAAAAAUCCCUGAGUCCCAUGAAAGAUAUUAUUUCUUUGAAAUUUAAAACCAUGCAGAGUGAUGGGAUUCUACUCCACAGGGAAGGGCCGAGUGGAGAUCACCUCACGCUGGAAUUGAGAGGAGGAAAGCUCUUUUUCCUUAUUAAUUCAGGUGAAGCGAGACUGCCCUCUGCCCACAGCCCGAUCAGUCUCACCCUGGGCAGCCUGCUAGAUGAUCAGCACUGGCAUUCUGUGCUCAUCCAGCGUGUGGGCCAACAGGUCAACCUCACCGUGGAUGAGCACAGGCACCGCUUCCACGCACAGGGGGAAUUCACUUACCUGGACCUUGAUAAUGAGAUCAGCUUUGGAGGGAUUCCAGCACCUGGAAAAUCAGUGUCAUUCCCACAAAAAAAUUUCCAUGGAUGUUUAGAAAAUCUUUAUUAUAACGGAGUGGAUAUCAUUGAUUUGGCCAAGCAGCAAAACCCACAGAUCCUCACCACGGGCAAUGUGUCUUUUUCCUGUUCACAACCGCAGUCUAUGCCUGUGACUUUUCUGAGCUCCAGGAGUUACUUAGCCCUGCCAGGCUCGUCCAGAGAGGAUGAGGUUUCUGUUACUUUUCAAUUUCGAACCUGGAAUAAGGCAGGGCUUCUGCUCUUCAGCGAACUGGAGCUGGUUUCCGGGGGUCUCCUCCUCGUUCUCAGUGAUGGGAAACUGAAGCUGGAGCUCCAGCAGCCCGGAAAAUUACCCAGUGACAUCACAGCAGGUGCUGGAUUAAAUGAUGGCCAGUGGCAUGCCAUCUCCUUAUCUGCUAAGAGGAAUCACCUGAGCGUGGCAGUGGAUGGCCACGUAGCCUCUGCUGCUCUGUCGCUGGGGCCUGAGCAGAUUUAUUCAGGUGGCGUCUACUAUUUUGGAGGUUGCCCUGACGAAAGCUUUGGGUCCAAAUGUCAAAGCCCAUUUGGUGGGUUCCAGGGGUGCAUGCGGCUCAUUGCUGUGGGUGGCAAGGUGGCAGAUCUGAUCGCAGUGCAGCAGGGGUCCCUCGGGAACUUCAGUGACCUGCUGAUAGACUCCUGCGGCAUCUCAGACAGGUGUUUGCCCAACUAUUGUGAACAUGGUGGUGAGUGCUCUCAGUCCUGGAACACCUUCCACUGUAACUGUACAGGCACGGCGUACAGAGGAGCCACUUGCCAUAACUCCAUCUAUGAGCAGUCCUGUGAAGCCUAUAAGCACCGAGGAAAUACUUCGGGGUUUUACUAUGUAGAUGCCGACGGAAGUGGUCCCCUGGGACCGUUCCUUCUCUACUGCAAUAUGACUGAAACUGCCUGGACCGUCAUCCAGCACAAUGGUUCUGACUUAACGAGAGUCAGAAACGCUAAUCCAGAGAACCCACAUGCUGGGGUUUUCGGGUACGUGGCCAGCAUGGAGCAACUCCAGGCCACCAUUAGCCGUGCGGAGCAUUGCGAGCAGGAGGUCACUUACUACUGCAGGAAGUCCCGGCUCUCCAGCAAGCAAGGUGGAGUCCCUCUGAGCUGGUGGGUCGGAAGAACCAAUGAAACACACACGUACUGGGGAGGUUCUGCGCCUGAUGUUCACAAAUGCACCUGUGGUUUAGAGGGAGCCUGCAUCGAUUCUCAGUAUCACUGCAAUUGUGACGCUGACCGCAAUGAAUGGACCAAUGACACCGGAUUCCUUUCUUACAAAGAACACCUGCCCGUAACUAGGAUUGUGGUCACAGACACAAACCGGCCACAUUCAGAAGCUGCUUACAAGCUGGGGCCUCUGCUCUGCCGGGGAGACAGGUCAUUUUGGAAUUCGGCUUCCUUCAACACGGAGGCCUCUUACCUUCAUUUUCCUACUUUCCAUGGGGAGCUGAGUGCGGACGUAUCCUUCUUUUUUAAGACGACAUCUUCAUCUGGGGUAUUCUUAGAGAACCUGGGGAUUACGGAUUUUAUUCGAAUAGAACUACGCUCUCCCACAGCCGUGACCUUUUCGUUUGACGUGGGGAACGGACCUUUCGAGAUCUCCGUGCAGUCGCCGACCCAGUUCAAUGACAACCAGUGGCACCACGUGAGAGUUGAAAGGAACAUGAAAGAGGCUUCCAUCCAAGUGGAUCAGCUCUCGCCAAAGACCCAGCCGGCCCCGGCUGAUGGACAUGUCCUCUUGCAGUUGAACAGCCAGCUUUUCGUGGGUGGGACCGCCACGCGGCAGAGAGGAUUCCUGGGCUGCAUCCGGUCCCUGCAGUUGAACGGGAUGGCGCUGGACCUGGAAGAACGCGCCAUGGUGACUCCUGGCGUGCAGCCGGGCUGCCGAGGGCACUGCGGCAGCUACGGGAAGCUGUGCCGCAACGGUGGGAAGUGCAGGGAGAAACCCAGUGGGUUCUUCUGUGACUGCACUGUCUCUGCCUACACAGGGCCCUUCUGCUCCAAUGAGAUUUCUGCAUAUUUUGGGGCUGGCUCAUCCGUGAUUUACAAUUUUCAAGAAAAUUAUUCCUUAAGUAAAAACUCCAGCUCCCACGCUGCAUCAUUUCAUGGUGAUAUGAAGCUGAGCAGAGAAACGAUCAAGUUCAGCUUCCGAACAACACGCGCGCCAAGCCUGCUGCUGUACAUGAGCUCCUUUUACAGAGAAUACCUUUCAGUCAUCAUUGCCAAAAAUGGAAGUUUACAGAUCAGGUACAAGUUAAAUAGAUAUCAAGAACCUGAUGUCAUUCAUUUUGACUUUAAAAGCAUGGCUGAUGGGCAACUCCACCACAUACAGAUUGACAGAGAAGAAGGAGUGGUCUUCGUCGAGAUUGAUGAGGAUACAAGGAGACAAGUGUACCUGUCAUCAGGCACAGAAUUCAGUGCAGUCAAGUCUCUGGUACUGGGCAGGAUUUUAGAACACGGGGAGAUGGACCAGGAGACGGCACUGGCUGGCGCCCAGGGCUUUACAGGCUGCCUCUCUGCAGUCCAGCUCAGUCACGUGGCCCCGCUCAAGGCUGCUCUGCGCCCCAGCCACCCUGCGCCAGUCACUGUUACAGGACAUGUGAUUGAGUCCAGCUGUGUGGCCCAGGCUGGCACUGAUGCCACAUCACGGGAAAGGACACACUCAUUGGCAGAUCAUUCUGGAGCAAUAGAUGAAAGACAACCGUUAGCUCAUGCGAUCAAAAGUGACUCUGCAGUCAUUGGAGGUUUGAUUGCUGUUGUGAUCUUUAUCUUGCUCUGCAUCACUGCCAUUGCCAUUCGUAUUUAUCAGCAGAAAAGGUUAUACAAAAGAAAUGAGGCAAAAAGUCUUCCCGUGAUGUUAUUCAUGAACCUGGAAAUGCUUCUGAGAUCCUGUUUGGCGGGUGUUUGCAUCUUUGGUGGCCAGAAACUUAUCAAGCCCCUCUGCCUUUCUCUGUAUUACAUUCAAUACAUCAGUAGUCUCAAAAAUGUUCUGUUGUCUUUGGCUGGUUUGUAUUGAUUGCUCUUUGACUAUUUGAGUCUUCUUAGCAAUUUGGAAUACACUUGGUUUUGGGGGUCGGACUUCGACUCAACACACGAUUCAUACAAGAUUUGAAAAGUGCGACGCUUGUCAGUUACGUGAUAUCUUACUUUGGCAAAGUUUGCUCUGUGUGUUUGAUGGUGACAGUAGUUAAGGCCCCAAACAAUGCCAUUUUCCCAAAGAAUGUCAAGUGUUUUCAACCAAACUUGAUGACAUAUAUUAAAAAAUUCUUAGCACAGCAAAAAUUUAUUUUUUGAUUACAACUGUAAUACCUCGAAUGACAUAUGCUUUAGAGACUGUUUCCCCAAAAUUUUAUGUAAUUUUUUGUAGAUUAAUAUUUCUGUUUUUCUGAAGCUUAUAACCAGCUUUUCUUUGAUUUCCCAUGACUAUCUUUUAUGGGGCAUCUUCUUAUGUAUUUAAAAAAAAAUGUGGGGCUCCAUUUCCCAUUCCAAAAUAUAUAACCCUUCUGGCAUGAAUUUUGCUGUGCGUUGACCUGCCUGCAGUACAUAUUUUUUUUUUUAAAUAUGAGCUACAACCAUGCCCCCUUUUCUGCACAACCAGAAGAGUAAUUAAAGGAUGCUUGCACUAAAGGAGACAUAGCAUAUUAUAUGACCUAUACUAAAUCUGUCAUUCUACUUACUUCUCUCCACGGUGAUGGGAUUAAUUUCUCAAAAAUGUACUCAAAAAUCAAUACAACCCAGGAACUAGUCCAUUCUGAUUAGGUUGUAUAUAUCCACUUGGAGGUCAAAGCAUUGUCAAUAGCCUUAUGGAACUAUCACCAUGAUGAAUUUUGAGGGCAUGUAAAUAAGAUGCUUGCAUGGAGCUACCUUGAAUUCUGUAAGCCAGUUCUGUAACCAAGGCACUUUGCUGUUCAUAGUCACACCUUCAAGUGCCUCCCAAGUAAAUACUGUAUUCCUUAGUUUGUGUCCGCCAGAAAAUUUGGAAAUAAUGUAAAUUCUGCAUUACUAUCUGCUUAUUUUCUGUGUUUCCCUUAUUAACUUUCCUUGUAAAACCUGCCUGUCUCUUCUCCUAGCACUAUGUCCAUAUUGAUGUUUCUGUAAAUGCCUAACUAAAUCUUAAGGACCUAUUAGCAUAGCAGUUUAUGAAAGACUAUAUUGGUAAAUGGUAUACUUUCAUUUCCUUUUAAUUGGAAGACCUGUGGUGGUGAGGGAGGGAUUUGACAGAAAUGCUAGCAUUUAUUGGAAGCUAAGCUGAAGGCAAAUAUCAUCACAGCUCUUAGUCUUUUACAGGUGUGUGCUUUAUUUAGUAGCGGUGCUAGCCUUGUGGGUAGCUGGAAUGUAGACAGGUUUAUAGACGGUGACGCCUUGUGGUCCUUUGCACUCUGCACUGUUGGAGCCUGCAAUGUUAUGGCCUCCAAAUGCGUUGACGCAUCACAUUCCGUGACUUGGCUUUCCUGAUUUGUAAUCUGUUCUUUUUUUCUGAAUAAAAUGCAUUUUUGAAAUGAAAUGCAGAAUAUAUUUUAAGAAAUGUUGUAUUAAAGUUUAAAAUUAGGAAAUUAUAUGAGAUUCCUUUUUCUUAAAACAGUAAAAAUAUGUGUAGAUGUAUGUCUUCUCUCCGUGUAUGUGUGUGUGUGUGUGUGUGUGUGUGUGUGUGGUGGGUGUUACAUCUUCUGAUAGACUCUGUGAUUAUUACAAACGGUUAACAAAUGCUAAGGUUAUUGUGUUUUUUCCCUUUAAACAGACCCGAAAAAAGGAAAUAAAAGUAGAAAAAUAUUUGUUGAUUGUAACAAGUGAAGUCAAGUUACACUAGAUUUAAACAUUUGCCAGCAAACAAUGAUUUAGCUGUCAGCAAUUGUUUGUGGAAAGGUUAUGAUGUGUUUAAAUUGCAUGGGAUCCUUUUUCCCCUUCUUCUCCAGAGCACUUGGCUGUGUAAAUGCACAGAUGUGAUAUGAAGGAAGAUAGGGUACCUCUCUCGGAUGUAAAACACAAAGAUUCUGUAACUUCAAAUAAACCAAAUAAGAAAAAUGAUACAAGACCCAUUUCAUUUUGAGAAGACUGAGCUUUCGAAAGCUCAUUGAUCUUGAAUGUCCAGCAUACACACAGAGUAGAGUCAGUGUGGCAAUGCAGGGUUGCCUCUAUGACAUGGGGGUCAUCUGUGAGAAAUAAUGUCUUAAUCUUAUAAACGCCUUGGCACUCAAACAGCCCUUAUUCACUCUGGGAAGCAGCUCCAUUAAAAACAAACAAAAAUGCUUUCCCAAAUAUAAUUUAAUACAUUUUUAUCUUAAUGAAUUUUCUUUUGUUUUAUUUGAGAGAAAAGAAGGGGGAGAAGGGAGGAGGGAGAAAGUGGUAUCUUUGAUUCAUCUGGUCCACCCCCCAAGUGCCCACAGUAGCCAGGGGUGAGCCAGGCCAAAAAUAGGAGCACAGAACUCCAUCCAGCCUCCCACGUGACUGGACCAUCAGCUACUGCCUCCCAGGGUGAACAUUAGUAGGGAAGCCAGGUAGGAAGCUGAGAGGCUGGGGCUUAAUCUCCGUAUCUCAGGCACCAUCUUAACUGCUAUGCCAGUGCCCACCCCUAAAUAAAUUCUGCAGAUGAUAAGUUAAAACUGCAACUAACAAAAAACUCACAAUAAGCAACCAAGUGGAAGUCAAUCAUUGAAGAUUGUGUUUUAUCAGAUGGCAUUGUCUUUUAGAAUAAUAGAAUAACAGAGUCUGACAUGGAAUUGGAGAGCACUGAUGUACUGUGUGUGAGUGGCUCAGGUUUACAGAGGCAAUGUCCAAGAGUAUGACAUGUCUGAAUUGAUGCUGCCAAGGGGACUUGUAACUAAAUAAAUGGCAAUGCUAGGAACAGAACAUCCUGUUUUGUGUACAUGAUGUUGAUUGUAGUGCUUCUUAGACCUGGAAUUUUGCAAUUAUUUAGUGGUAUGGAAAAAUCUGAAGGAUCUUAAUAUCUUCUUCGUCCUGAGUGACCUAUAGUUCUAGAUCUUAUCAACUGUCCUUAGACAAAAUCAGCCUUUACCUUUCUCUCUGUCUCUCUCUCUCUCUCACUGUUAUAACUCUACCUGUCAAAUAAAAAAAAUCAACCUUUAUUUGAUAAUUCUUGGCCAUUGAUAGGUUUGGUUUUCUUUCAAACAUGUGGAGUAAGUUUCUGAUCCUUGGUUCCAGGUAGACAGCUACACCUGGACCAUUUAAUUCAGGCCAUGUGAGUUAGGUUUGACCGAGUCAUUGAUAUUUUCCUCCAGUAGGAUGAAUCAGACACAUCAAAGCAUAUUCAAAUCAAUCAAUUCAGUUGAUUGUUUGACUUUCUUUUUAUGUAUUUAUUUGUUUGUUUGU